AUGGCCGCCGCCGCCCGCCCUCUCGUUACCGUACAAGCUCUAGAGAAUGAUAUGGCCACCGAUGGAGCCUCCUUACCUCUUCCUGAUGUGAUGAAGGCGUCGAUUCGCCCUGACAUCGUGACAUUUGUUCACGGUCAAAUCUCCAAGAAUGCUCGUCAGCCUUACGCCGUGUCCAAGCGUGCCGGCCACCAGACCUCGGCUGAGUCAUGGGGCACGGGCCGUGCUGUGUCGCGUAUCCCCCGUGUUCCUGGUGGUGGAACUCACCGUGCCGGACAGGGUGCCUUUGGAAACAUGUGCCGUGGUGGUCGCAUGUUUGCUCCUACCAAGAUCUGGCGCCGCUGGCAUCGGGCAGUAAAUGUUACGCAGAAACGUCAUGCUGUGGUUUCUGCUAUUGCCGCAUCUGCUGUUCCUUCACUGGUACUUGCUCGUGGGCAUAGGAUCGAGGAGGUUCCUGAGUUGCCUCUUGUUGUUUCUGAUUCAGCUGAGGCUCUGGAGAAGACAAAUGCUGCUAUUAAAAUCCUUAAGCAAAUUGGAGCUUAUCCCGAUGCUGAGAAGGCUAAGGAUAGUCUUGGAAUUCGCCCUGGAAAGGGUAAAAUGCGCAACCGCCGCUACAUUUCCAGGAAAGGCCCUCUGGUUGUUUAUGGUACUGAGGGUGCAAAGCUUGUGAAGGCAUUCCGUAAUAUCACUGGUGUUGAGGUAGCUCAUGUGUCACGACUCAAUCUUCUCAAACUGGCUCCUGGAGGUCAUCUUGGGAGGUUCAUAAUCUGGACCAAAUCUGCUUUUGAGAAAUUGGACGAGAUUUAUGGAAAAUUCGAUAAACCAUCUGAGAAGAAGAAUGGAUACGUCUUGCCUAGGGCCAAGAUGGUAAAUGCUGAUCUGGCUAGGAUCAUUAACUCUGAUGAGGUGCAGUCUGUGGUGAAACCGAUCAAGAAGGAGAUCAAGAGGGCUCCAUUGAAGAAGAACCCGCUGAAGAAUCUCAACGUGAUGCUGAAGCUCAACCCAUAUGCUAAGGCGGCAAGGAGGAUGGCUCUGUUGGCUGAGGCACAGCGUGUGAAGGCUAAGCAAGAGAAGCUUGACAAGAAGAGGAAGCAAAUCACUAAGGAGGAAGCUUCUGCAAUCAAGGCUGCAAGUAAGUCAUGGUACAAGACUAUGAUCUCAGACAGCGAUUACACCGAAUUUGAGAACUUCUCCAAGUGGUUGGGCGCCUCCCAGUGA